CAACACGCGACCUUUUUGCCCGAAGAACACACCAUUCAUUCAUUCAUCCGAACGCACCACGAAGCGAUACUUGCCGAUCGAAACCUACCACUCACACACACGCGCACGCACGCACGCACCUACGACACAACACAUUAUUUUCUUCUUCGCCGCUUUCGAUCAGACCACCUCCUUCUCCUUCUCUUCGACAUGUUCAUGCGUCCCACCAUGGCAACAGUCACGCUUGUGAUCGUCGUGGCACUGAUGGCCGCCGCCAUGGCCUCUGCUGCCCCCCUUCCAACUCAAUGCGACACGGCCACGUACGACGGCGAGGCGCAGCUCACCUUCCGCUGCCUUCGUUCCAAGAGGAUCCAUGAGUACAAGCAAGGCCGCCUCGACAAGUUUGCCAUCACACUUGCUUCCCAGCUGUCAUCCACAUGCGGCCUUGCCCAAUGCGACCUCAAGUCCGCUGUUGGAUCCGACAUCACCCCCGUGUCUGGCCUGGAUAACACCCUCCGCGUCCCUGUCAAGAAUGCUUCUGUUGCCCAAGCUAUUGAGACCUGCCUGGACAGCAACGAGAUCGAGUUUAUGCAGUGCACGCUGAGACACGUUGAGCAUAUUGCUGCUGGAGACGCCGGCGUGUGCGACAGCACGACCUACACAACAGCUGCCGUGAUGACAACCAAGUGUCUUCGUGGGCAGCAGCUGGACCAGUUUACAGACGCUCAACUCGACAAGUUCUCGCAGCAGCUGCGCGACGCCAUCCAGGACGACUGCGGCCUUGACGAAUGCGCGCUGUCGCUCAAGGACGGGUCUGCGGUGACGCCCCUCUCAAGCAACGAGUUUUCUGUCGCUGCCAGGAACUCUACGGUUGUGACUGCCCUGCAGUCAUGCAAGCUUCGCUUUCAUCGAUGCAAAGUCGCAGCCGUUGUGGAAGCCACAACAACAACAACUACCACAACAACAACAACAACUACCACAACAACAACAACCACCACCACCACCACCACCAAACCCAAGGCAACAACAACUCACUUCGACUUCUUCCAAGAGCACUACGGAAAUGACGAUUUCUACCUAAACUCCUACUUCAUGGACAUGUCCAACGCGUUCGAUGGCCCACCUCCUGCCUGUCAGAGCACCCCCUUGAAUCUCCCGGACCGUACGCGCACUGCCAUUUGCCACGACGUGUCAGCGGACAUCCCCAACUUUGUUGCUUCCACACAUAUCCAAUCAUUGUGCAUCGAGCUUUGGCACAACUACCCGCUGGAAAUGCACUUUUACCUGCAAUGCCCGAGCGGGCAGCGAAUGGAGGUUGUGCACAACGACGGCAGUAAUCUUGAUGUCGAUGACACGUUUUGUUGGACGCCGACGGCCACUGGCGAUUUCCCCGACAGCAACCCUGCCGCACCACACGAAUCGUGGUCCAGACUAGAUGGCUGCACCACGAAGGGACAGUGGGUCAUCGACUACCUGGAGGCCUCAUUUUUCAGUGAUGGCGCGAUGCGUAGCAUUGACAUCACGUUCAACACCUGAGCGUCAAGUUGCGUUGUGCAAGCCCUUGCUCCAUACGAACCCAUGCUUGUUUGACGUUUGCUUCUCUUUCAAUGUAAACUCUCUCUCUCUCUCUCUCUCUCUCUCUCUCUCUCUCUCUCUCUCUCUCUCUCUCUCUCUCUCUCUCUCUCUGUGUGUGUGUGUGUACGUCAUUCUGGCUUGCGCCUAUUGUUUCUCGGUUUCUCGGUUUGCCCUUGCCCUCUGGCUGUGCCCUCUGUCCCCGCUUGCUUGUUGCCUUCCUUGUGUUUGCGUCAUCCACGCCAACGCUGUUACGUUGAUCUUUCUCCAAUACAACCCCCCCUUUCCAUGCUUCCGGUUCACGUGUACGUGUGUAAUCACAGCCCAGCGUCGUGGUGUAACAACAAACACAAAACAACCGCACAUGUCACACAGUUAUGUAAAAUGAACAGCGCACCCAGCAACAAACACAACCAA